AUGUCUGAUCUCAAAGAGCGUUUGGUUCCUUCAAGACCUGCUUCAGCUCUAAACCUCAGAGGCGAUGCAGCGUCUCGGCCUUCUGCAUCAGGAAGGCAGCCACUCCUCGGAGUUGAUGUUUUGGGUCUGAAGAAGCGUGGACAAGGGCUCAAGUCAUGGAUUCGUGUUGACACUUUCGCCAACACUCAGGUCAUUGAGGUCGAUAAGUUCACUAUGAUGCGUAGAUGCGACUUGCCAGCACGUGAUUUGCGUCUCCUUGAUCCUUUGUUUGUGUAUCCGUCGACUAUCUUGGGACGAGAGAAGGCCAUUGUUGUGAACUUGGAGCAGAUCCGUUGCAUUAUCACUGCGGAUGAGGUUUUGCUGUUGAAUUCGCUUGACAACUAUGUGCUUCGCUAUGUGGUUGAGCUGCAGCAGAGGCUUAAAGCGAGUGCUGUUGGUGAGGUUUGGAAUCAGGAUAGUCUUGAAUUGAGCAGGAGGAGGAGUAGGAGCUUAGACAAUGUGUUUCAAAACUCAUCCCCUGACUAUUUACCUUUCGAGUUUAGAGCUCUUGAGAUCGCACUCGAAGCUGCUUGUACGUUUCUUGAUUCACAGGCUUCGGAGUUGGAGAUUGAAGCCUACCCGUUACUGGAUGAGCUUACCUCAAAGAUCAGUACUUUAAACUUGGAGCGUGUGCGUAGACUAAAGAGCAGACUUGUAGCAUUGACGAGGAGAGUUCAGAAAGUUCGUGACGAGAUUGAACAGUUGAUGGACGAUGAUGGAGAUAUGGCGGAAAUGUAUCUGACGGAGAAGAAGAAGAGAAUGGAAGGAUCUUUGUAUGGUGAUCAGUCCGUACUUGGAUACAAAUCAAAUGAUGGUCAGUCUCUUUCUGCACCAGUUUCUCCUGUUUCUUCUCCUCCUGAUUCCCGGAGACUUGAGAAAAGCUUGAGCAUUGCAAGGAGUCGGCAUGACAGUGCGAGAAGCUCAGAGAGCACAACAGAGAAUAUAGAGGAGCUUGAGAUGUUGCUGGAAGCAUACUUUGUUGUCAUCGAUAGCACUCUCAACAAGCUAACCUCGUUAAAGGAGUACAUUGAUGAUACUGAAGAUUUCAUCAACAUUCAAUUGGAUAACGUACGGAAUCAGCUGAUCCAGUUCGAGCUGUUGCUAACAACAGCGACAUUCGUUGUAGCCAUCUUCGGGGUUGUAGCUGGGAUCUUUGGGAUGAAUUUUGAGAUAGAUUUCUUCGAAGUGCCUGGUGCUUUCAAAUGGGUUUUGGCCAUAACUGGAGUCUGUGGCCUUCUUAUAUUUUUGGCGUUCGUCUGGUUCUACAAACGUAGAAGACUCAUGCCUCUGUGA